GCUUCAAUGAAGAAGAAGAUAAAGUGAAUGAGAGAGAGAAAGGAACGAGAGAAAUAAAAAAUUGUUCACCGGUUGGGUCCAGUGUGAAAGAUCAUUCACUGAUUUGUGUUUGUUUUUCUGGUUUUACAGAUUGGUCAUCAAGACCAAAUCCAUGCCUCAAGUUGGUAUAUAUGGUAUAUAUUCUAUUAUAGCUUUUAAGUUCUUGUAUAUUAUGUUAUUAAAAGUUCCUAACGGAAUCUCCUCCGCCUUUCAACAUAGUACUUCCGACUCCGGAACCUUCGCCUCCGGAACUGCCUUCAACCGUAGUAUAUGGAGAACAGCCUUCAACCGUAGUAUAUGGGGUUCCGAAAUCUCCUCCGCCUGCCAACAAUACUUUUCCUUCUCCGUCUCCGUCUCCGUCUCCGCCCCCGCCUGAAACAAACGCUAUAACUCCGCCAUCUACAAAUGGGACAAUCGAGUCGCCACCAUCGAAAGGAGGACUGCCACCGGUGACAAUGACGGGUCUAAUAGUGGGAGUAGUGUUAGGAGCGAUAUUUGUGAUGGUUGGGCUGGGCAUCUUCGUCAUUAUUCGGAGGAGAAGGACAAGGGAGAUGGGAGAGGGCUUGCCUGGAGGUCGUGCUCAAAAGCCUACAGCCCCUACCAUUGCCUUGGGAGUUCCACAGAUGAAGGCAUUUACUUAUGAAGAGUUAGCAGAGGCAGCCAAUGGUUUCUCGGUCUCGAACCUCCUUGGUCAAGGCGGUUUUGGUGAUGUCUACAAGGGAAUCCUUGAAGGUACGAUGGAGGUCGCAAUAAAAAAGUUAAAACCUGGGAGUCGGCAGGGGGAGCAUGAAUUUCAGCAGGAGGUUAAGAUCAUCAGCCGUGUUCAUCACAGACAUCUUGUUUCACUAGUUGGAUACUGUAUCGCAGACGCCCAUAGAAUGCUUGUCUAUGAGUUUGUUUCUAACAAGACCUUGGAAUUCCAUUUGCACGGGAAGGAGAGAGCCGCUAUGGACUGGGCAACAAGAGUUAAAAUUGCUGUUGGUGCGGCAAAAGGGCUUGCUUAUCUGCAUGAGGGUUGUCAUCCGACGAUUAUACAUCGUGAUGUCAAGGGGACUAAUAUUCUUCUUGAUGAUAACUUUGAGGCAAAGGUUGCAGAUUUUGGACUAGCCAAGACUUUUUUGGAUAUUGAAACUCAUGUGUCAACUGCAGUAAAGGGAACUUUUGGCUACAUUGACCCGGAGUAUGCAUCUGCAUGGAAGCUCACUGACAAGUCAGACGUCUAUUCCUUUGGGGUCGUCCUUCUGGAGUUGAUAACAGGACAUCGACCCAUUGAUAAAAAUAAGUUAUUUUUGGAUGAUGGCAUAGUUGACUGGGCAAGCCCUUUGCUCGAUCAAGCUCUAAAAGAUGGCAUCUAUGAUAACCUUGUUGAUCCAAAGUUGCACAAGUGUUAUAACUACACUGAAAUGGCUAGAAUGAUUGCUUGUGCUGCAGCUUCUAUACGCCAUUCAGCGAAGCGGCCCCGAAUGAGCCAGAUAGUUGGAGCUCUGGAAGGAAAUAUUUCCCCGAAUGAUCUAAUCGAGGGAAUAACACCCGGACAGAGCACAAUUUUUGUUUCUUGUGUUAGCUCAGAUCAAUACAAAGAAGAUUCGAAGAAUUUCAGGAAGAUGGAAUUGGAAAGCCAAGAGCUGGGUAGUAGUGGAUACAGGGGGCCGACUAGUGAGUAUGGUCUCAAAGCAUCAAGCUCCAGCACUGAAGGCCAACAAACUAGCUACCCAAGAAAUGGAGUUGAAGGAAAUGGUGUAACAGACUAA